AGUACUGCAGAGACGGAGCUGCAGCGCUUAAACACCGUCAGCUCUUGCUUUAGUUGACGAAUAUCUUUACGACACAAAUAAAUGUUUAUUCAUUAGCAACGGCGGGCGUCUCGUAAUGGAGAGCAAACAUCGACAUAUCAUCUGCUCCCUUAAUGACUCAUGAGAGCCAUAAAGACAAAAGCACCUCUUCUGUGGUGACUGCAGACCUCUUCCCCUCCAACAUCUAAUCAUGGUUGAUACAGCUCCACAAGACACGUCUUCCCUCAUGAAGGGCGCCAGAGACAUUGCUAAGGAGACCAAACGACAAGCUGUUAAGAAGGUCAUCAAAGUUGUGGACCGUGCCUCAGACGAGUACUCCCAAAGUCGCUCCUACCAGCGCUUCCGGGAUGAAGACGAUGACUACUACAGCCAGCCGGGUGGGAACUACACAGGAAAUGACGCUAAUGAUGAAGAGGGAUCCAGCGACGCCACUGAGGGUCACGAUGAUGAGGAUGAGAUAUAUGAAGGGGAGUACCAGGGGAUCCCCUCGGAUGCAAAGGCCAGAGAUGGACAGCUGGCUCUGGGACAGCCGGUGGCGGAUGGCCUGAAGGACCGGAGAGAGCUGGAGAACGAGAGGCAGGCGGACGAGGAGGAGCUGGCGCAGCAGUACGAGCUCAUCAUACAGGAGUGUGGACAUGGCAGGUUUCAGUGGCAGCUGUUCUUCACCCUGGGCCUGGCGCUCAUGUCUGAUGGUGUGGAGGUCUUCGUUGUGGGCUUUGUUCUUCCUAGUGCAGAGACGGAUAUGUGUGUGCCUGACUCGAGCUCUGGAUGGCUAGGCAGCAUUGUGUAUUUGGGGAUGAUGGUAGGGGCCUUCUUCUGGGGAGGCAUGGCUGACAAGGUGGGCAGACGGCAGUGUCUGCUGAUUUGCAUGUCCAUGAAUGGCUUCUUCGCCUUCCUGUCUUCUUUUGUGCAGGGCUAUGGCUUCUUCCUGCUCUGUCGCAUGAUAGCUGGCUUCGGGAUUGGUGGAGCAGUGCCCAUUGUGUUCUCAUACUUUGCUGAGGUAUUGGCAAGAGAGAAGCGUGGAGAGCAUCUAAGCUGGCUCUGCAUGUUCUGGAUGAUUGGAGAGAUUUAUGCCUCUGCCAUGGCCUGGGCCAUCAUUCCUCACUACGGCUGGAGUUUCAGUAUGGGCUCAGCUUAUAAAUUCCACAGCUGGAGGGUGUUUGUGGUGGUGUGCGCUCUCCCCUGCGUUUGUGCCGUGGUGGCCUUAACGUUCAUGCCAGAGAGCCCAAGGUUCUACUUGGAGGUGGGGAAGCACGAUGAGGCCUGGAUGAUCCUCAAGCAGAUUCAUGACACAAACAUGCGAGCGCGUGGACAGCCCGAGAAAGUCUUCACCGUGAACAGAAUUAAGAUCCCAAAGCAGAUUGAUGACUUUGUCGAGAUGCAGACCGAAUCUGGCAACAUUUUCUCGAAAGUGAUCUUCAGAAUAAAGACUGAGCUUCAUGGGAUUUGGUUAAACUUCUUGAAGUGUUUUAAUUAUCCAGUAAAAGACAGUACAGUCAAACUUGCUAUUGUGUGGUUCACACUGUCAUUUGGGUAUUAUGGUUUAUCGGUGUGGUUCCCUGACGUCAUCAGACAUCUUCAGGCCGAUGAAUAUGCCUCCAAAGUACAAAGGCAUAACAAUGAGCGCAUUGAAGACUUCACCUUCAAUUUCACCCUUGAGAACCAGAUACACACUAAUAGCUUAUUUAUCAGUGACAGGUUCAUAGGUAUGAAAUUCAAGUCUGUCACUUUCAUCAAUUCCACUUUUCAUAGCUGCUUUUUUGAGGAUGUGACAUCAGUCGGAUCUUUCUUUCGAAACUGCACGUUUAUUGAGGCUGUCUUCUAUAACACUGAUAUUGAUGACUCCAAGCUUAUAAACACAGAUGUGGUAAACAGCACAUUUUACCACAACAAAACAGGCUGUCAAAUGACAUUUGAGGAUGAUUAUAGUGCAUACUGGGUCUACUUUGUCAAUUUCUUGGGAACACUGGCUGUUCUGCCUGGUAACAUCGUAUCUGCACUGCUCAUGGACAAAAUUGGCCGCUUGUCUAUGUUAGGGUUUUCCAUGAUUCUGUCUGGUAUCAGUUGCUUCUUCCUGUGGUUUGGCACAAGUGAGUCGAUGAUGAUUGGGAUGCUGUGCUUGUACAAUGGGUUGAGUAUUUCCGCCUGGAACUCCCUGGAUGUUGUGACAGUAGAGCUGUACCCUACGGACAGAAGAGGAACUGGAUUUGGCUUCUGUAAUGCCCUGUGCAAGCUAGCCGCAGUGAUGGGAAAUCUGAUUUUUGGAUCUUUAGUGGGCAUCACCAAAGCCAUCCCCAUUCUUCUGGCCUCCUCAGUGCUCGUAGGCGGAGGUCUGGUGGGAUUGCGACUACCUGACACCAGGUCAAAUGUCCUCAUGUAACCCUUGUGUUGGAGGUCUGGAGAAACUUAAAAGGCUUGAGUUAACCCUCAUUCCUCAUUGUUGUAUACAGUGUACUUAUGUUGUGUUCAUAACAAGAUAAUUCUCAAUUAGGCAUCAUCAUAUUUUGACAGUCGUUAGACUUUCUUUGCAAUAAUAAAACUUCUGCACCUUUAUACUUUACAGUUCAUUUAAACAAGACCCUCAUGUUUCCUUUUGGCUUUUUAGAGGUUUAGAAUGGCCCAGGAUUGAAUGUGAGCGUAAAUAUUAAUGUCCCCUUAUUAAGACUCGAGCAAAACAACCUAUUAAUGAGCAGUCCAAAUCUGCUUCAAGUAUGCAGAGAGGAUGAUCAGAUAUGCCAAAAGCCCAGCACAGCUGCAUCACACCUGGCAGACUGAAUCCUGAGAAUUACUAAAGAGAUGAGAGACUGAGACCAGUCUACUGGUAAACAACUCUUUAUUCAGUUAUUAGUUUCAGGAUUUGACUACACAUAGUGAAAACAUUAUCCAGAUAUGGUAUCAUAUAUUUCUAAUGAAAGAGAAAAUGGUUUUGUUGUUAAAUCAGUUUCACUGAGUAUUGAGUAAGUUGAUGACAAGGUUAAUAUCCAUUAUCUUUGUGGUAGCACUUUAUUUUACAGUCCUGAACUUUCUUAGAUAAAUACACUUUAAGUACACUAUAAGUACAUGUUAGUACACGUACUGUAAAAUAAAGUGCAACCAUUUUUGUUUUAAAGUAUUUUUACUGUAUUUUUUUUUACUCUAACCUCUGAUGAAAAAGGCCACAACAGUGCACUCAUGCUCAUGUAUAAAAUUCCUCUGGAAAUAUAAAAAAAACUAUUUUGUGCUCUGCAGAUGUUUUGUUCAUAUACAGUGGAGUGAGUAUAUUUUGUUCAUAAGCUUUUUAUUGCAAGCCUAUUUGAUUUCAUAUACAACGGGCGUGUGUUAUCAGUCUUGUUCUGCCAAUCUGUGAUUUGUCUAACAGCAAAUGGCCUUUUGAAACUGUGCCUCUCCUUCAUAAGAUCAUCAUCAUGUAUGAACUUGAGGUGGCUGCUGUAUUAGAUAUCAUAGAGUGUGUAUCUGCCAGGGUCACUCAUGCAAACCAUCUUUACAAUCUGACAGAAAGGACUGAUCAGAAUCAGGCUGGCGAUGUGCCGGAAAGCCUCUUUUAUGUACAGUGUCAAAGAGUCAUCUUGUUGAAAUGACAGGUUUGUUGGUGCAGAGGGGAUUUAGAGGGCCCGCCUCAACAUAUGGGGUCUACAAUCUGUGGAGAGGGGAAGAGAGAUGACACGUGAAUCAUUUACUACUUUCAUUUCCAAGCCAAGUGAAUAAAAUUCUGUUUUGGUUGCUUCUACAAAAUGACUUAGAUGUUUAAAUAUAGAUUUACAUACACUACCGGUUAAAAUUUUUAUUUAAGAAAUUACAAGUAAUAAUUUUAUCACCAUAUUAGAAUGAUUUGUGAUAGAUCAUAUCACACUGGAAAUUCUUCUUUGGAAACACAUAACAUUACAUUUGAUGGUUUAGCUUUUUACAAUCAGUGCCAAAUACAGUUCUCUGAACAACAUAAAUCAAUAGUGUUACUGUUAUCUAGUUUUUGCUAUGGUUUGAGAGGUCUACAAUAAUAUUUUUUUUCUUUAGAAAGUUCUAAAAAGAUUAGAAAUGUAUAUAGGACCAUUGAUGUUUUUCAUUUGAUUUGGCUUCCAACUAACCAAAGUGGCUUAAUGCUGUCUCACUCUCAGCAAAGCUGUGCUGUUUCUUGAAGGCAUUAUUUAUAAAUGAGAUUACAAAUGAUCAGUAAAUGUACAGUCCUUGAUCUAAGCCUGUCUUCACCUUUUUUUAUUUAUGCAUAUAGUGUUAACAUGCUGUCUGAAAUGAUGUGUGUGUUUGUGAACAGUACAAACUGUUUGUGUAUAUAUCUGUGUAUGGGUAAAUGGUAAAUGUGUGCUUAUUCAUGUAUAUUUUGUACAUUUACAGUAAUCCACUCACAUGCUGAAUACUGUGUGUAAACAAUAUUGGGGACUGCAGUGGAUGGAUCUGUAGUGUAUGUACACCGCUGAAAUUGUUUAUUGUUCAUCUGUCAUUGCAGCACUGUUCCUAAGAGCCAGCCAUCCUGAGAUAUCACUGAACAAAACUGCAUGUAUUUAUUAACUUUUAGGGUCUGUGUGCUCAGCUAUCCAGAGAAUGUCGCACUGUUGUAUGUUUUAUGGCAGAAAAAUACAGAAGAAUAAAGCUCAUAUUUUGUGAAGGUGAUAAA